CUUUGAAGGGUGCCAAAGAAACCUUUAAAGUACCUGAAUAUUAAAUAUCUCACUAUUUUUCGUGAGGGCGGGUUGUUAUCGCGAGGAACUCAGGAGGUGCAGCGAAGUGAGAGCGCUUUUCUCAGUCGAUACUUCCAGAGCGGCACAGAAACGGGAACGUACAGAAUGUCGUCUCCAGGUCUUUAUCAUGGACUGCAUUUCUGACUCAAUCCACUGCAUUUUGUGCUUUUUAAUGAAAAUUUUAUCCCGUAUCUUUCCCGCUGACGCCUCUCACCGCACAUCUGUGCCCGCUGGCGUCCGUUGUUCAGCACCUGGACAGCUCCCCGUCGUGCAUCUCCUUUUCUUCUUCUCAUUAGUAUCGUCAUCAUCAUCUGGCACAUGGAGUCCCUGGUGUGAUUGUGGGGAAAGCCCUGCGAGCACAUUAUGUUUCUCCUGAUCCGGUGAAAGCCUCGACGUCUCCACCAAAGGAUGGUGCUUCCAAGCCAGAGGAGGUGUUCUCUAUCCUCUGAGAAGAAGCGAUACGUGUGCGCAAUCGACGCAGAUUUAAGCCUAAUCGCUGCCUACACACAGGGAGAUCCGAGCUUCAGUUACAUCGAUCACCAUCAUCAUCAUUAUAAUAAUAAUUAUCGGCUAAGAAGGGGAUAUCACUAUCAUCACUGCUGUGUGGUCAAUGAAGUCAGGACCAUGUAGAAAAUACACGAGAGAUAUGGUCCUGGCCAGAUCUCUGCAGUGGGGAACUUACAUUUAGCACCUGGCUUCAUUUAAAGAAGAAGUAUAUGCCGCAAAAAGACCUUGACAUGAGCAAUACCCAAGCUCCUCUCCAGGGUGGAGCCUCAGAUCUGGAGGUCAUCUCCCAGCAGGUGGAGGAGGACAACCAGUGCGUGGCUCCGGUGCAGCUGGUCAGCUUCGCCUACAGAGACCUGCCUUUGGCGGCCUUGGACAUAUCGCUCGCUGGAUCCCAGCUCAUCUCUAACCCGGAUGAGGAAGACAACAGAGAGGGGUCGAACUGGCUGAAGCCUUGCUGUGGACGCCGAGCAGCUCUCUGGCAGGUCUGCCUGCUGUCAGCAGGUUUCAACUGUUUUCUGGUGGCCUGUCACAUCCUGGUGGUGCUGCUGCUGACAGUGGAGCUGCUUAUAGACACCAAGCUGUUGCAAUUUAAUAAUGCAUCCCAGUUUGCCAGCAUCAUCCAUUGGAUCAGCCUGGCCAUCCUCUCUGUGUUCUUCACUGAGACGGUGUUCAGGAUUGUGGUGCUGGGGAUAUGGGAUUACAUUGAGAACAAAGUAGAGGUGUUUGACGGAGCUGUCAUCGUGCUCUCUCUGGCCCCCAUGGUGGCCUCCACCGUGGCCAACGGCCCCAGCAGCCCCUGGGAUGCCAUUGGCCUCAUCAUCACACUGCGCAUCUGGAGGGUCAAGAGGAUCAUUGACGCCUAUGUUCUCCAAGUGAAGGUGGAAAUGGAGAUGGAGAUCCAGCAGUACGAGAAGGCGAAGGCGGUGAGAGAGGAACAGCUCGAUCGUCUUACCCAGAUCUGCCAAGAACAAGCCUUCGAAAUAAGACAGUUGAGGGCCCACCUUGCCCAGCAGGAUCUGGACCUGGUAGCAGAGCGUGAAGCAGCCAUGCAGAUUAAUCAUAUGUGGGGUACACAGAACAGCAGCUUCCAGGAGGUGGAUGGAUUAGCUCCUGGCGUCUCCAAGCAUCACAGACCAGCCAAAGUUAGAGAACCUCAGGGGGCUGCAGCUCAUCACGGUCAGGAUGACAUGAAUAACUACAUCAGCCAGUACUACAGUGAACCAAGCAGCGAUAUGGGGAUCCCAGACCCAGCUCGUGUCAUCACUACAGCAGCCAUAGACGUGCACCUACCCAACAACCCCAACCAGCUUCCCUCCACCUUAGUGAGCGCCGACGCGCCACCGUCCAGCCGACUACAGCGCACCAGCAGCUUUGUCAGCGAUGCAUCCACGACCGUGUCCCGCAGCAGCUUCAGCGCCCGUCAGCACAGCAUCAGCAGCCACACGCUGGGCUCCAGCGUGGACUGCAGCUCCACCGUGCGGGAGGCCUCCACCUCCACAGACUACAGCGACCAGCGCUGCUACCCUCCGCCCUACAGCAGCCCGCUGGCCUUGGGCACUCAGCCGCGGGGAAGUCCCAGCGCCGUGGUGCAGGAGCUCCUCUUCUCUCUUUCUGAGGACUCCUGCCUCACCCAGAAGGGCUUGGACCCAGUCAACCUUAAACCACCCAGUCCAACAGGUUCCACCAAAACCAGCCCUGAACUGGAGCGCAGAGUGAACAUUUAUAACAAGAGGAACCAAGAGACACGGAUUGGGCUUCACAAGUCUGUCAUCCACCUGCAAGGCACCGAGCCUCUGCUUGAGGAGAAAUACAGGAUGAUGGGCCCAGUGGAGACUUCAGUCAACCGCCUGUCAGAGGCAUAGGACUUCACAAAAUAACUUUAUCAGGACUCGCUCUUCAGAUCAGAUGCAAAAAAAAAAAAUCACUGAACUACCCUGAUGGUAGGUACUGACACAUGAACUCUACAUCCUUCAUCUUUAUAUUACUGGUGUUUAGAGGAGGAACCUGCCACCAUGGGAACAGAUAAAUACAGACGAGUUAUUCAUCAGGCUACACUUUUCAGGAAUUGACAAUUUCUUACUUUUCCUAAAACAAACCAGCAAUGUGGACUAAGCCUGGCAUUAUGACACAGCCUGUGCAGAAGAUUUUGCAUUUCAUAUGUUGUCUUUUUUUUUUUUUUAGAUGCCAAGGGCUGAGGAUGAUGGGGCUGAGGUCUUAAGGGUACUGAUAAAGCUCCUCAAAACAUCAUAUCCUGUCACAUCACCUGGAAACAGGCCACAGUGUCUAAGCUGACAUGGUAGUCUAUCUAGCAUCACUAAAUUCAUUAACGGUCCUCCUUGAUGGACUGCUGCAGGGCAAAUUGUAGUCAUCUCAUCUUUUUUCUUUGACUUGCUACAUAUCGUUGGACUUUUAAGGAGUCGCAUAAUUUGUUAUUACUCCAGGUGCCUAUGACUGGAAACCAACCACACCCAGUUUAAUGAGAUCAUUCAAGAUUCUGCCAAUCCACAGUUAUUUAAAACCCUCCAGGUUUCAUCAAACUUUAGGCCUAAAUUGUUUUCUUAGUUUCUAAUAUUUCAAUUUUGUGUAAAUAUUCCAGAAUGGGUACAAAUAUCUCAUGAUAAAUGAAAGAAAUGUGAGCGUUAAAGUGCAAAAAAUAUGAUAGCAUGAACCUUUAAGAUUUGUGGCCAUAUUGUAAACUUUUUAAGAGUUUCUCUGAUCAAAGUAAAGCAACGCUGCAACCCAAUAAAAAGCAAAACAUGGCAAAGUCAUGAAGGUUUUGAGCCAUGUGUUUAAUACACUGUUUUCCAAGAUCAUCUCUUUACUUACUGUACAUAUUUCCUUUGAGUCAAUGUGAAGAUCUUACAUGUAAAAAGUCAGGCAUCCCAAAAGAGGUGCUUACGGUUCCAGCUCUUUAAAUACAAUUUACAUGUACUACAGAAAGCAAAAACAUCUAAGUACAGGUUAUCCAUGAAUCGUCUGACAUCUGCUGUCUACAUAAAAACUGGGAUUAAAGUAUGAGAUGUUGUGGCACACCAACAUCUUGUUAAGGCAGUGACUGUUUCCUGUGGUCGCCUUUUUAUUUACACCUGUGCGAUGAAGCGUCCCCUCACUUGCUCAGUGCUUCUGUCAUCUCAGGAACGGCCUU